UCGACCAGAUUAAAAGACAUUAUAUGUGUAGAUAUACUUUAUCAAACACUUAUUAUAUAUUGAGGAUGUGCACUGUUUUCGAAAUCUAUUCAAGUAUUCGUAUCCAAACCGCAUAGACUCUGCGCAGUGUGUAAGUAUUCGAUCUCUUAGUUUGUUCAGCAAAUUAAAACGGUUUGGAUCAAAAAUUCGUCUGUUUGAAGAAGCAAAUCAAAAUGGUUGACGUUGGAUUGAGUUUCGCCAAAUAUGUUGUAUUUACUUUCAACUUUCUAUUCUCGUUGAUCGGCAUAGCAAUGGCUGGCAUUGGAAUCAUAAUUAAAACGGAAAUACUUUCGUAUGAAGCAUUUAUGGUGGAUGUUUCGCCAUCAUUUCCAAUUGUGUUGAUUGUUGUUGGCUGUGCUCUAUUCCUUAUCGCAUCUCUUGGUUGUUGCGGUGCAAUCAUCGAGAACAAGUACAUGCUCUUAAGUUUUGCGAUCGCAUUGAUGACGAUUGUUGUAGUUGAAGUUGGAAUUGGAGUUUAUGCAUAUGAGAAGAAGGGCGUAUUGGAUGAACUCUUGGAAAACAGCCUAAACGAAACACUCAAACGUAGUAAGGACGAUGUUGCGUAUCAGCGACAAUGGGAUGUAUUGCAAACCGAAUUUGAAUGCUGUGGUAUCAACAGUCCAUAUGAUUGGAAAAUCAUAGGUAAUCCAAUUUACUUACCAUCAUCGUGUUGCCACAAGGAUAUCAACAAUCAAAGUACGUGCAUCGAAUCAGAUGCAUUCGAAAUCGGAUGUAAACAAGCAUUGAUCGAUUUCAUAAACAGAAAAAUCGAAUAUGUAGUCGCAAUUUUGGUUGGAAUUAGCGUAUUUCAAGUGCUGGGCAUCAUAUUCUCAUGCUGCUUGUUCUCAGUUUUCCGUAAAAAGAUAAACGAAGAUUGAACGGAGUUCUGAUGAAAGUGUUUUACCUUAAAAAAAUAAUUGACAUUUUCUACUAACCAUAUCGGCUAAGUAUUUGAAGUACAUAAAUAGCGGCGGUCGAGUCCAAAUGAUCAUAGGAAAUCAGUGAAAUCAGGAAAAAAAAUGUAAACAUUUUUAAUAUUAAUAAAUGAUGCAAUUUGAAAUUC